CUGAGCUUUCCUGCGUCCCAGCUACAAGUAGCUUCUUAUGCUUAGUAGCUACAACUUAAGCAUACUUCGCUUACUUGUAAGCCUCCUCGUGGCCUAUCCCCCAAAUGUGAAACACUGCAGCACAUCCGAUCUGAAAAGAAAGGAGCCGGCCGAAGGAAGCCACAUGACGAGCUCCAAGAGCUCGAAGACGAGAUGAAGGCUCUCUUCCCAUGCUUCGAGUGGCUUCAAGCACUUCGAGGCCCAAAGCCACUGCCUCCACUCAAUGCGCAUGAAGAACAAGUUGCUGCUCUUGAGACACAACUUCAGGUGCAGCUCGUGACCUUGGGAUCCAUCGCAGCCGAGUUCACCGUCCCAGCCUCCAUGAAGGUGUCGGGGUUACAUCAUCGUGUGGCCCAAGAGUUGGGACUUCCAACCGAGAAUCAGCGUCUCAUCUUGGGUUCAACUGUCUUGGAGGACACCGAGUCUUCCAUCACCGAGUUCGGCGAAACAGAGCGGCUGGUGAUCACCGUUCUUCGAAGACGGCGCCAACAAGCCUUGACGGCAGGGUCGAGUGCUGGAUUUCUUCUUUGGGACUUGGAAAGCCGUGACUUCUCCACCGCCUUGGGCAAAGGCCUGGAACCCGUGCAGUGCCUGGAUGUCUCCUGGGGUCAAUUGCGCUGCCUCGCCGGCCAAAGCUGCCAGCUGGUACUGUGGGACCUUGGUCGCGAUCAAGAAGUGGAUCGCUACGAACAACAAGGUGUUUGGGGCCUGGCCGUCGACUGGAGUGCCAUGAAGGUGCUUUCUGCUUCGUUGGAACUUCACUUGUGGGAUUUGAAGAACUUCAUGCCGCUGAACGUCGUGAAGUACUUCGCUCCUGAUGCACGCUGCAUAGCCGUGGAUUGGAGAUCUGGAAGAGCGAUUACCUGCGGAGAGUGCAUGACCCUGUGGGCACUGGACAACACAGUCUCCAAAGUGAAAGAUUUGAAGAUAGGCAUCAAACCCUGCGCUUUGGCAGUGAACUGGCCACGCUGUGUGGUUGCAGGGAAUGGCCUUCAGCUGUGGAGCAUCGAAACUGGAACUUCCUUGCCCUUCCGCGCCCAAAGUGAGGCGCCGGUGCUGUGCGUGGCCGCGGCCUGGGAGGCGGAGCGCCUCGUGAGCGGCGCCGGCGACGGCACGCUGCGGCUCUGGAGCAUCGCCACCAGGCAAGUAAUCUUGGAAUUUCAAGGCCACAGGAGUGAGGGGCACACCUUAACGAUCCAUAACACCUACACCUUGCGAGGUCCUUUCAGUGUCACUGCAUUGGCCUUCGGGCCGAGUGCUCAGUGGCGAGGACUCGAGCAGGCUCAAGCUGUGGAGCUUCGUUCGCCACCCGGAGCCAAAGGCCUUUAAAGUCGAAGAACUCACAGCUCCAGGCUACAGGGGCUCAUCCUCUUGCCUGGCCGUGGAUUGGGACAGCGAGGAAUC